AUGCAAAUCUUCGUUAAGACCCUGACGGGCAAGACCAUCACACUCGAGUGUGAAGGUAGCGACACCAUCGAUAAUGUCAAAUCCAAGAUCCAGGAUAAGGAGGGAAUCCCACCAGAUCAACAGCGUUUGAUCUUCGCCGGAAAGCAACUUGAGGAUGGGCGCACCCUGAGCGAUUACAACAUCCAGAAAGAGUCCACCCUUCACUUGGUGUUACGUCUACGUGGAGGAGCCAAGAAGCGCAAGAAGAAGGUUUACACCACCCCAAAGAAGAUCAAGCACAAGCGCAAGAAGACCAAGCUCGCGGUUCUCAAGUACUACAAGGUUGAUGGUGAUGGAAAGAUCGAGCGUCUUCGCAGAGAGUGCCCAACUCCAGACUGCGGUGCCGGUGUUUUCAUGGCUGCCAUGCACGACCGUCAAUACUGUGGACGUUGCCACUUGACCUACAUCUUUGAUGAGGCCGGAAAAUAG